AUGUCUUCAUCUGAGAAGGCUGUGGUGUUGAAAGCAUUCAUACAUUGUGAAGGUUGUGCAGACAAAAUUUACGAGUGCUUGAAAGGUUUUGAUGGAGUGGAGCGUGUUGCGGUUGAUAAAGAAAAUCACAAGAUCAUUGUGAAAGGAGAAGUGGUGAAUGAUCCAUUGAAGGUUUUGGAAAGACUUCGAAAGAACUACAGCAAACAUGUCCAACUGAUUGCACCAAAACCAAAGCCAGACAACAAACAGAAAGACCCAGAAGAAAAGGAGCAGGCUGAAGUAAAAACUGUGGUGCUCAAGAUGUAUAUACAUUGCGAAGGCUGUGCAAAUGAUGUCAAGAGAAAAAUUGAGAAAAUGAAAGGUGUUGUCUCUGUGGAAGUGAGCGAGGAAACAUCGCAUUCGCAUGUCAUUGUCAGAGGAGAAGUGGAACCAACAAAACUUGUGAAAUAUGUGAAUAAGAAACUGGGAAAGCAUGCGGAGAUUAUAAAGGAAGACGAAGUGGAAAGCAAUGAGAAUUGCCCGGAACAUAUAAUUAUGUUUAGUUAUCCUCCUCAAUACUCAACAGAAUAUCUUUACCCCUGUCAAAUCUUCAGUGAUGAAAACGCUUUUGCAUGUUCAAUAAUGUAA